GCUGCUAAUUGAAAAACAACUUGGAUGAGGCACACACGCAUAUAAAUAGAAGAGAUUAUUUUAAGUAGCAGGUAUUCUGAGUUUGGGUAUUUUAAAUUGAUAAAGUAGCUAGUUAAGUAAGAAGACAAAAUGUAUAAAGUAGCUGUUUUAGUUUGCUUCCUUAUUGCAGCAAUAAAUGCUAGCCCAUACGGAACUUAUGGGCAUCAGGAUAAACAUGUCCAACCAGUUCCUCAUGUUCCUGACCAUCCCCACGGCUCCCAUGGCCAUGAGGAACACGGCGGAUAUGGUCCUCACCAUGGUGGUCACCAAGAUUAUACGCACGGUUCUCAUGGUCAUGAGGAACACGGCGAACAUGGUUCUCACCACGGUGGUCACCAAGAUUAUACGUACGGUUCUCAUGGUCAUGAGCAACACGGCGAACAUGGUUCACACCAUGGUGGUCAACAUCCCGGUGCAUACGGUCCUCAUGGUCAUGAGCAAGAGCACCAACAUGAGUCUCACCAUACGUACGGUGGACACGCAUAUUAAUAAUUGUUAUAAUGUAACAUGUUUGACUGUUCUUUAAAUUUAAAUAAAUAAUAAUAUAAAUUA